AUGGCAUAACACUUGUAAUAUACGUCACAGGAAAUCCAUGUCAACGUACUUCCGAUUUCACUCUAGACUUUAACGGAUAGUAACGAUAUACAUAUUCGAACGAACAAUGUGUUCAAAUACCAACAUGCUUUUAUCAACAUUGGUGCUUGGUGCUGCAAUAACUAACUGUAUGGAAGCCAGGGGUACACCACCCAUUCUACAGGGUAACAACUGGCCUAAACCCCUCGAGUACAUCCGUAAGGGGAACAACCGGACGUUUUUUUGUGUGGCCACUGGGUCUGCAACUCUCAAGUAUGAAUGGAGAUUCAAUGGAGAAAAGUUAAAUGCUAGCGAGCAGGAAGCUAGAUUCGACGCUAACACGGGAUCUCUUUUUAUUGGAGAGUAUUUUAACGAGCAACUGACGGGAGACUAUCAGUGUGUUGUUUCCAAUGAAUUCGGCACAGCCAUGACACCAUACUUUCGUAUUGCAGCAACAGUUGCAAAUCCGUUCCCGAAUGGGGAUAACAUGUUCCCAGACAAUAUGGACGUCUAUAGGAGUAAUUACCAUAAGAUGGACUGUAUCAACGUCCCUAAGAGUGUCCCUGCAUGGACAUUCAACUGGCAGAGAGGAAAGGUUCUCAACACUUUGUCAGAUGCCAAACCAGUGAACGUUAGUGAACGUAUGAUCAUUGACCCCAAUGGCUCCCUACACUUCCUGUGGGUGGAAAUGUCAGACGACGGCUAUAUCUACGUAUGUGAAGCGAAGAACAAGAUCACAUUGACGGAAGUGAGGAACAAACACACCGAGCAACUCUAUGUGAAGGAGUCUGCAAAUGAACGAGACCGGCUUCCAGAGCUCAAGUACAGCAGUGAUGUUACAGUGAUUGCGGGGGACACUGCAGAACUGACCUGCAUCUUCACAUACUACUCUUCUAGAGGUGAAAAGCUGGACAUUACUUGGACUUUCAAUAACACAAAAGUGGGUAAUGGUUCAACGCUACGGUUGCCCAAUAUCAAGGUUCCUGAUAAGGACCAGAACAAUGAGGGAGAGUAUAUGUGUUUUGCAAAACUGGGUCUACACAAGCAAGUUUGGGGAAAGGUGAACUUGAAAAUUACAGCGCCACCAGAGUUUGUGCCUGCUGAGAAGCCGGCGCGCCUGUUCUCUCCUGUAGACAAGGAUGCCACGUUCCACUGCCGGGCCACGUCAUAUAAAGCUUACCAGGGGGCGCCGGUAUGGAUGAUCAAUGGGAAACCUCUCAUUGGUUGCCCCCCAUUCUUCUUCGACUGUGGUCAGCCAAUUAAAGGAUAUUCCGGGUGUAUUCCCAUCAAGCAGUUCUGCAAUAGCAACCGAGAGUGUCCUGAUAAUGCUGAUGAGAUUAACUGUCCUAGAUGCCCAGAAGGCACCAAGCAGUGCAAUGGUCCCUGUAUACUGAAUAAUCAGACCUGCGUAGCCUGUGAGUUCCCAAGCUUUAGUUGUGAUCAGGGCGAGAAGUGUCUUCAACAUACUCAGAUAUGUGAUGGUAUUGCGCAAUGUGCUGACGAGAAGGACGAGGAAGGCUGUGCUGGAAAGGCUUCGCACGAGAGGGGGAAAUUCAGAUUGAACUCCCAGAGAACCCAGCUUACAAUUCCAAGGGCACAAAAGACCGAUGUCAUGUGUGUGCAGUGCCUGGUUAGCAACAAGUAUGGCAAAAUCUUUGGGGACGGCUGUCUUACAGUAAUAGACAAGAUUAAGAUAAAAAAGGCCCCAAAUGCCAGAUACGACGUUGAGCCCAAUAUGAAGAUCGUCAUAGCCAUUGAUGCCAUCACGGAUCCAGACUGGCAGAACCAGACGAACUACGAAUGGUUCUGGUACUUGCCAGUUACCACCCAAACUGAUGACAACAUUAAAGAGAAGCAGCAACUCCCACCUACCUCCAGCUAUGGCAAGUACUUCAAGCUGCUACAUUCGGGCAAGGAGCUGACCUUCACCAUACCCGACGUGAAAACACCGGUAAUGGAGGGCAAUACGGCCGAGUAUGAUCUCUACCAGAACCUCACGGAUAACAGGCUGUUCUCCAUCAAUAUCAGCCACAAGUUUGACCAUCAAGUAGUGAACUUCACUGUGAAAGGAAAGGAGCUGGAAAAACCAAAGCAUGUAUCAGUGGCCAAUAAGGCAGGAUUCAAUCUGUGGUUUAUUGCUCUGAUUGUGGGUAUCCCGGUGGUGUUCAUCGUUGUGGUCCUUUAAUCUGCUAUAUGUACCGGAACAGAGGUUGUACCAAUCCAUUUAAGUAUGUCACGGGUAAACACUUUAACAGUCAGAUUCAAACUUUGACCAAUUUGUAGUUCCUAAGAAAAUCAAUUCAAAUUUAAGACCUCCUUACUAGAUACAAGUUUUAAAGGCUUUAUUUCCAAACCCAACUUUUCACUUUUUAUAUUCAGCAGUUUAGAGGAACAGCAGAGUUGAAGCAAAAAGCUUCAGGGUGCACCAUUUGUGCUCAAUAUAUUUCCAUAAGUUUUAGUUAUUUGCUCCUUGUUGCGGAAUUCGGAAUAUAAUCAGAAGAAAAAGAAGCAUAUGUAAUAAUUCUUCAAAAUAGAAUCACAUCCAUUUUUCUGAAUCUGAGGGUAAUCAGCGACAAGUAAGACGAUUAAACAACAUUUUAAAUACUUGCGAAAUAUACAUUUUUAUUGGAAAGAAUUACAAAAUACUUUUACGGUAAUACUAAUAUCCCAUAAAAAAACUCACUCAACCCAUAUAAAUCAAAAAAUAUUUUUAGUAUUCAUUUACUUUACAUAUUGUUACAAAGUAUAGGGGGAGUACUAGAUCCCCGUGGACAUCUGUUGGUCCGUAGACACAACUUGUCCGAUGGUGUUCUCCUUCAGUUUUCAACAAACAGCAUUCCAAUUUGUAAGCAUUUUCCUUAUGAUGACACAAUUCAAUUCCAUUCAUGUUUAAUUGUUACAGCUUGCUGCAUAUUACUACAUGGUGUUGGGGGAAAUCUCUGCUGUGCCAAGUUAUAGUUCAUGUUCUUAUUAUAAAUAUACCCAAUUAAAGUAUUUCACGAUGCAACAUUCCUAAUUUGAUGGGGAGCAGACCUCUGCGCUCAUGUUUCCUGAUGAUGUGAAGUUGUUGCUAUGCAAUUUUAAUCGCCCUGCAUUAAAUACUUUAAGUUAUGCCCCCUUGUCAACUUAGUAUUUCUGUAACAUUAUUAUUGUUUUUUAGACUUUAAUUGGCAAAAUUAACAAACUUUGUUCAAAGAAUGACCCAGAAAUUGGCUACACCACAGGUUCCAAUUGUUAAUUGUUACAGCUUGCUGCAUAUUACUACAUGGUGUUGGGGGAAAUCUCUGCUGUGACAAGUUAUAGUUCAUGUCCUUAUUAUAAAUAUACCCAAUUAAAGUAUUUCACGAUGCAACAUUCCUAAUUUGAUGGGGAGCAGACCUCUGCGCUCAUGUUUCCUGAUGAUGUGAAGUUGUUGCUAUGCAAUUUUAAUCGCCCUGCAUUAAAUAUUUUAAGUUAUGCCCCCUUGUCAACUUAGUAUUUCUGUAACAUUAUUAUUGUUUUUUAGACUUUAAUUGGCAAAAUAUAUACCCAGGGGGUCGAUAAUUGAUAUAAACCUGUGUAAUAAAAUAACUUACAAAUAUUUCACUCUAAACCACAAGGACCAAAGGUUUAAUAUUUGGUAUAUAACAUUGUAUUGGUUCUCCACAAACUUUGUUCAAAGAAUGACCCAGAAAUUGGCUACACCACAGGUUCCAAUUGUUAAUUGUUACAGCUUGCUGCAUAUUACUACAUGGUGUUGGGGGAAAUCUCUGCUGUGACAAGUUAUAGUUCAUGUUCUUAUUAUAAAUAUACCCAAUUAAAGUAUUUCACGAUGCAACAUUCCUAAUUUGAUGGGGAGCAGACCUCUGCGCUCUGUGAAUAGAGGGUUUAAUGCAUGUGCGUAAAGUGUCGUCGCAGAUUCAUUCAAUUUUUUUAAAAAAUUGCUCUAAUUGCAGGUGUCAAAAACGAGAGUAGGCAGGCAACAACGUAGAACAUGAAGUGACAGAGAAUGGUUUCCAGGAUGAAAGAAGACAAAGUGAAGAGUUAUCUUUCUUUUUUGACCAGAUUUUAAGGGUAACUUUUCUGUGUGACCAUGGUUUAAGUGGAGUGUAAACUGAAUGUUUGACCUGAAUUACAGAAGUGUGUAAUUGUUAUGUCUGGUGUGAGUUGAGUGUAACCAUUCUCAGGCCUGUUUAUAAUUAGUAUGUGAGCUUUUUGUCUUGCCGGAGUGAAAGAAGACUGUAUACGUUAUUUCUGACAUGGGUGAAAUGAUUGGUUUAUGAACAUUUUAAUAUGUGUGUCUUGGCUUCAGCUGUGUUUAUACCGCGACAACAUUCAUGCAUAUGGCCAACAUGUCAUGUGUGUUUUUUGUGAAUUGGACAGUUGAUAUUGAUCCCAUAUAUAUGUCUUAAUAGAUGUUGUACAAUUGAUGUUAGCCUCAUGUUACUAGGUUGAAUAAGAGCUUCAUGUUCAGAUUGACAUCAAUAAUUCCAAAGUCAAGUAUUUAAACUCAUUAAUAAUGGUUACUCACACUUGGGAUCAACUCUUGUUUUGGCAGAAUUGCAGUAUGUAUUCCCUUCUGAUCUUUUACUCACAUGAACAAUUGAUAAGCAUAAUAGUAUGGGAUUGAUGAUUUAACCAUGAUACUGUAUUGUUUUCUGCAUCUUAUGUCUGAUGUAGUGUGACGUAGAGGUAACGUAAACUCCUAUAGAAAUCAUGCUUAUUUUAUUUCCAAGAGAAUCAAUUUAAAACUAAUACAUUAAUAUGAAGAUGUAGGAAAUUUGAGCUGGAAUGUAAAGAUCCGUUAAGAUUACACGAAGACUUGAUACUCAAGUUAAUUUAUCAUUGCUUUGUGUGACAUUUCAGCUGUUUUCUGUUUUUUGAAAUGUUUAUUUUUUUAUUUUGUUGCUUUUAUCAAAUUAUCAAAUGUAAAAAACAAUGUAAAUACAUGUAAGGCACCAACCAAUAAUCGUUUGUUUGGCUCAUAAAUACAUAUAUAGCGGAUAUGUGUUGAAUGUGGUGGAAUAUCGAUUUUAAUGCACAGCCACGAGUGAAAAAAAAAGUUUUUUAUGAACACGAGUGAAAUCAAUUCGAUAUAUCAACAUAUUGAACACAUUUUCUGUUUAUUGUAUGCUUAUAGAUGAUUUUUUAUUCAUUCCGGAACAUAUAAUUCCCAGAAUUGGGAGCCCAGAAAUGCGACUACAUGCAUAUUCAAGAGAAGCUUAUCCGUAUGUUUUUAUAAACAUUCAAUGCAGAGUAAUCGCCCUUGGUAACAUUAGGGGGUCACAAUGGGGAAACCAAAGAUAUCUUAAAAUAGGUCCCGUCAAAUAAUGAAAAUUAUCGAUAAUUUUCACUGUCUUUUUUCACUAUCUGAAACAGUGAAAUAUCAGUUUUAAUUCACUGAUAUUUCUAUAUAAACCAUAUAAAAGCAUAAAAUAAACACAUGUUACAUCACGAAAUGUAUAAUUGGUAUUUUAUAUUUAUUUAUAUCUAUUUUAGUAUUCCACAUCAUUAAUUAGCUUGUACUUUAUUGACAAUUCUUAUUGUUCAGCUUGAUUUAUAUAUAACGGUACAUUUGCAAAAGAUUCAUAUAACCCUAUCAAAUAGAGGAUUGAAUUUACCAGCAUUUAUAUUGAUUCAUGUUUUUGUGUAUUUAAGACAUUUCCAAUUACAUAAAACAAAUUAUUUUCCCUUAGAAAAAUCCUGACUUGUUUUUUAUUUUUCGGUAAAUAUACAAUCUCAUUCGAUAAGAACGAUUACACCUUUGAUUUGAUUUCACACAGCCAUUUUCCUUUGUCUCGAUGAUCGGUUCUGAACGGUGUAAAUGCUGACUGCGUAUAAUUUUUUUGUGUUGAAUAAUACAGUGAGGUAUUGCCGACAGUCUACGGGUUACAUAAUUUACUAUCUGGGACGUUAAGUGACAAAUUUGAUCGCCGUUUGUAUUGCAGAAACAAUGCGCCGACGCGACAAACAUUUUCACAGUAUUCUCGAGAGGUGUAGAAAAAUCAAUUAAUCUGUAACAUGUGUUGAAAUCGUUUUAUUAAAAAAUUGUAAUUGUUA